UCAUAAACAAACCCGUCACGUGUUCAGAGGAAACCGGAAGUGGCGGACUCAUCGUUUGGCUCAUCAAAACAAAAACAUCAGAAUACAGGUCGCCUCAGAGAACCAACAUGGAGGCCAGGAGGAAGCGCUCUUAGGAGGCGACAGCGCUCUUUGCCCGGCCAUGGCGUCCCCUGCGCGGCUGUCGCUCAGCCCGCACCGCGCCGCCUCGUCCUCCGGCGGGAGGCCGCCCCGACGGCCGCCCGCCCCGACGGCCGCUCACUCGUUGCCGGGCUGCUCCGCGGUGGAGUCGGUGGACGACGCGGAGGGCCUGUACGUGGCGGUGGAGCGAUGCCCGCUGUGCAGCACCUCGCGCCGACGGCUCACCUGCGCGCGCUGCGUGCGGGCCGGAGACUUCGUGUCCUUCGAUGGGAGGAACGCGGAAAGAUACGUUGAGAAGUUGGAGCGGCUGAAGAAGCUGAAGAAGGAAAAGGAGCAGCUGCAGCAGAGAGUCGUCCAGGACAUGGACCGCAAGCUGCAGGCCGACCACAUGCAAUGGAAGAUCAUGUCGUGUAAGAUGAAGAUCGAGCAGCUGAAGGAGGCGGUCGCCGGGGGCAACGAGGAGGUGAAGAGUGAUAAGGAGGUUCUGCUGCGCUCCCAGGAGGAGGCCCAGCGGCUUCAGCGCCGCGCCGGGCGGCACCAGGACAAACGGGACAAGAUCGAGCGUCACAACCGGCGGCUCGGGGACCUGCUGGAGAGACGCAGCCGGGAGCUGCAGGGCCGCCUGGGCCAGCUGGCCAGUCUGAGGCGAGACCACAUCCGGGAGCUCAGCGCCCACAUCUUCCACACCGCGGAGGAGAAGCAGGGCAGCAGAGACCCCGCAGAUGUGGUGGCGGACUGCGACCCUGCGCUGACCUCCAGCACGGUGAGCGAGCUGGCCGAGGCCCGGAGGACCACCUACCUGUCGGGGCGCUGGAUCUGGGACGACCAGAACGGAGAGACCAGCAUCAGCAUCACGGGAGCCCCCGUCACCCUGCCCAGCAACGGGGACUGCUCCGCCUACUACAGCUGGGUGGAGGAGAAGAGCACCAAUCAGGGCCCAGAGUUGGACCACAUCAACCCGGCCCACACCAUCAGCGCCGCUCUGUGCUACGCCACGCAGCUGGUCAGCAUCCUGUCUGACCUCCUGGACGUCAACCUGCCCAAGAAGCUCUGCAACAGUGAGUUCUGUGGAGAGAAUCUGAGCCGAUACCGCUUCACCAGAGCCCUGAACAAGCUGAACACCAACGUCCUGCACCUCUGCUUCUCCCAGCAUGUGGACGGGGAGAAGCUCCACCCCCAUCACACCCUGAGGAACAUCAUGUUUCUGGUUUCCCCCGACAACGACAACCUGGGCCGAACCGGUCCCUUUGAGGUGAGCGCAGACCUGGAGGAGUCGAUGGAGUUCGUGGAGCCGGAGGCGGCAGGACCGUCGGAGGAGAGCGGAGAUGAGGCUGUGACAGACGAGGAGACGGACCUGGGGACGGACUGGGAGACGGUUCCCAGCCCGCGGUUCUGUGACAUCCCAUCACAGUCCAUGGAUCUUUCCCAGAGUGCAUUGCAGGUGUCCCAGCCCUCAGCCAACGCUGGAGGGAUGAUCUCGUCUGCUGCUGCCUCGGUCACUUCCUGGUUCAGGGCUUACACCGGCCAGCGCUAGACCGGACCAGAAGCACGGGACCUGAACCACUCUGGACCAAACUGGUUCAGGUCUGGACACCUGGAGGUCUCAAACAUUAGACUGGGGUCAGGUCCGGCUGGCUGGUUCUGAAUCGUUGCGUAGUUCAGAGCAUCAGGAGAAACUACAGCUAACCUGGACCUACAGACUCUAAACACCGGACCCACGAGGACUCACGAGGACUCACGAAUGCACCCACGAGUGAUCUUCUUCUCUGGAAGCUUCACAAGUCCUGUUGAAAUUAUUUAAUUCUCUGAAUUUAAAGUGAACUGAUUUCAGAUUAAAUAUUUGGUCCUGUGUUUAUAAUCUAUAAACAUGUGAUGACAGGUUUCUUAACAGGAUGUCAGGUGGUUUGAUCCGACCAAUGAAGAGCCACCAAACCAUGGAGGCCGUAUCAGGUCUCUGGUCCUUCAGGUUCAGAUGUAAUCCAUAUGGAUCGGAUUCAGAUCAUCAAUAUUAUAUAUUAUAAUAUUAUUCACCCAAUGAAUAAGAACCUCUGUUACUUCAGUGUGUGAUAAACAUGUGUAAUACACAGUUAUAAACAUGUUUAUAACUGUAUUACAUGUUUAUAACUGGUAUUACAUGUCUAUAAACUUGUAUUACAUGUUUAUAAACUGAUACAAAUAGGGGGCUUAAUGUAGGUUUUAACAUAAUAUCCUGUCUGAGGUUCCCUGUGGUUUGUUCGAGAGGAACCCCUGAGGUUCUACGGGUUUUGAGCAGCAGGUUUCUCAGAACUGAGGACGGAGUGUAAAUGUUCCUUUGAGGGUUUGGAGAACCCGGUUCUCCUUCAACGGGUCGGAGUGUUUUAAAGCGUUCUUAAUAAAUCUGGUCCUGGUGAACACGAA